AUGGCUAAAGGGAAGAAGGGUGGAUCAAAGGGCAAAAAAAUCACCCUGAAAAUGGCCAAGAAAGCCCUCAAGGUGACACCCGAGGGAAAACGGCGUCUCGAUCUCAGCAACAUGGGUAUUGACACCUUUCCAAAAUGUCUCCUGAAACUGACUGACCUGGAGGAGGUGGACCUGAGCCGCAAUCAGCUGAAGAGCAUUCCAGAUUUCAUUGGCCAGUUCAUUGGCGUGCUCUGGCUUGACCUGCACAGCAACUACAUCGAGCAACUGCCGAAAAGCAUCGGACAGCUGGAGUCUCUGUGCCACCUCAACCUGUGCAACAACAGCCUGGACUCAGACGGUUUACCCGCUGACAUUGGAAACCUGAGGAACCUGCAGACGCUCAACCUGGGUAUGAACCGACUCACCGUUCUUCCACCCACUAUGGCUGCUCUGACCAACCUGAGAGAGCUGGGCUUGUUUGACAACAUGCUCACUGUGCUUCCCGAAUGCAUCCAUACGCUGCCCAACCUGAAAAAAAUCAACACCAAACGCAACCCCGUAGCCUAUGCUCAGAGAGACGCCAAAGACACAAAAGCAACUGACGGCCUGUAUUUGGUUAGGGAGGAAGAUCUGUGUAAGCUUUGUCUGGAGAAAUGUAGGGAGGAAAGGCAGAGACAGGAAAGAAAACAGCUUUCAGAUCAGUAUCAAAGGAGAGGUAGAUUUUCAGGGCUGAUCACACCGAAUUCAGUGGCACGGAGCAAUCAGGAGCUGUGGCACUAGACUUCAUGCUGCUCUACUUACUAAAGCAACUAAAUGGCAUAAUGUUGGCUAUGUUGCAUUUUAUUUUGACAUUUUAUGACUAAAUUAAAAAUACAUUAUCCACAACCCAUGAAUACAGUGAAUGCAGUUCAUUUAUAAAGAAAUAUAUUAUUAGUUGUUUAGAAGUAAACCUUUGACCUCAUUGAGUUCAAUAUGAAGCUGAGGACAACAAAACAUCUUAUAUGCAUUCUACAUAAAAUAAAACAAGAAGAUGGUGUAGACGAUAUAUUGUCACAUUACGGGAAUGAGUUCACAUUCACAUGAAGUAACAGAAGCAGGUUUCAAUUGGAGGAAGUUUUAAUUCUGCAGGCGGCAGUUACUGGUGUGUUUCAUCAGAUUGGUUGGGGGAUUGAGGAUUGAGAGCAUUUCUGUCACUCAUUAACAAUGUGUAUGCAAUGUCUUUCUUUCCCAGAAGCCUUUAGACACAAGCUGUCUCCUCUCAAUCUGUCUUUGGUUUUGAAAAGGCAGCUUUGGGAGAGAUGUUGACACACAAGCACAGGGACACUUACCUAACAUUAUGCACGGCCUCCGUCACCCCUCUUCCCUUUAAUGAAGGCACUACAGAGCAUAACCUAGGGAAAGAACACAAACACAAGAAAGAUCAAUCUGGCUUUGCCCUGUCUAACCUCUCUUACUCAUCGACUGGUAUACACACUCACAGUUCCC